UAGAGUUGGUGACGCUGUAAAGAUGUCGGGACACGAUCAUCUUGCACACUGUUUGUGUGAAAUUACUAGGCUGCUGUGGAUGCUGUUGCUCCCCAUGUUGCUUCUGUGUGUGGUGUUACUUGUAGUUCUAAUACUCAUUGUGAUGCUGCUGAGAUGGUGGCUGCAAAGGAGCAGAAGGGCUCGGUGGGCGACCAAGAUGAAUCCCACAGUCGCCUUCUUUCACCCCUACUGCAAUGCCGGUGGCGGUGGAGAGAGGGUGCUGUGGUGCGCCAUAAGAGCUCUGCAAAACAGAUACAAAGAUAUUGACAUCGUGGUGUACACUGGCGAUGUGGGAGUGUUGGGACAGCAAAUCCUCGACGGAGCUCGACAGCGAUUCAACAUCGUACUUCCUCGUCCGGUUCAGUUUGUCUUCCUGAAGAACCGGCUGUUGGUGGAGGCCAGUCUGUACCCACACUUCACCUUGCUGGGGCAAAGUGUGGGUUCUCUUCUCCUAGGAUGGGAGGCGUUGAAUGAGUUUGUUCCAGAUGUGUACAUCGACUCAAUGGGCUACGCGUUUACAGUCCCUCUGUUUCGCUACCUGGGUGGCUGCAGUGUGGGGAGUUAUGUUCACUAUCCAACCAUCAGCACUGACAUGCUCUCCGUGGUGAAAGAGAGGAACCCCAGGUUCAACAAUGCCAACUUCGUCUCCAACAGUCUGUUCCUGAGUGCCUUUAAGUUGGUCUACUACUUGCUGUUUGCACUGCUCUACGGCCUGGCUGGCUCCUGCAAUGACCUCAUCAUGGUCAACUCCUCCUGGACGCUUGACCAUAUAUUGUCACUGUGGCGCGCCCCCAAUCGCACCUCCGUGGUCUACCCACCCUGUGAUGUCAGCGCCUUCCUGGACAUCCCUUUGGACAGUGAUGCAGAACGCAAGUGCCACCGAAUCGUUUCAGUUGGUCAGUUCAGGCCGGAGAAAGACCACCAGCUUCAGAUCAGAGCCUUCCACAAGGCACUGCAACGCAGGCUCGACCAGGCCGGGGGGCGGGACUCUCUGAAGCUGGUUCUGGUUGGCGGCUGCAGGAACGAGGAGGAUGAGAAUCGGGUGCUGCUGUUGAGGGGGCUGUGCCAGGAACUGGGCGUCGCUGACCGCGUGGAGUUCAAACUCAAUGUCUCCUUCGAGGAGCUGAAGAACGAGAUGAGCAAUGCCACUAUCGGACUGCACACCAUGUGGAAUGAACAUUUUGGGAUCGGGGUUGUGGAGUGUAUGGCAGCUGGAAAAAUCAUCCUAGCCCACAAGUCUGGAGGCCCAAAGAUGGACAUAGUGGUGCCAUUCGAGGGAGGACAGACAGGAUUUUUGGCUGAGGAUGAAGAAGGAUACGCGGACGCCAUCGACAGGAUUCUUGGUUUGUCGUCAGAGAGGCGACUGGAGAUCCGACUCAAUGCCCGACAAUCAGUGGGUCGAUUCUCAGACAGUGAAUUUCAGGUGUGUUUUCUGGGGGCAAUGGAACAGCUGAUGAGAACACUUGAGCGGUGAUAGAUAACAAACUAGUGAAGGUGUGUGUACAGAAACUGAUUCUGAAUCCAUUUUGUCAAUCAGCAAAUCUGAAAAAGACACUUUUAAACUUGGAUAUUGAAAGACUGGGAUGCAAUAUCACUUGGAGAGUAGAACAGGGAAGCUGUUCACUGAAUGCACACACUAGAUAGGACCAAACCAGGAAGUGCUUAGACGAAAAGCCACCUGUUUGAGACCAUGUUGGCUGCACUGUGUCUGUUUCAACUCCAUUGUGACAUCAAUUUUCCACUCAAGAGGAUAUUUCAACACCGGCUCAAGUAGCACAUCAAUGUAUGUCACCCCUGAAAGCGAGGGUCCAUGUAAAAAUAUUGAAAGAUGUAUGUUUACAGGAAUAAAAUGUAAUAUAUUUUUAAAUGAUGAUGACACUGAUAACUUGGUGUAAUAGUGGCGGCAAUAAAAUGUUGUCAGUGGUUUUGGAUAUAUAGUCAUAGUUAUCGUCACAGAGCAUGUUUUAGUACCGUAUUACAAACCAACAGUUUUCCUUGCAUAAAUACAUAAUUUUUUAUUGACUAACACACAACCAUACCACACAGAGCUUCACUGUGCUUUGGAACAUUUUCAUAUCCAUUCCUUCAGCACAACUAUAACGCAAUGAAAAAAAACAUAUCAAUGUUUAAAAAGUACUAAUUUUCCCAGAUUAAAAAAAAAACCUUACAUGUAAAAUGCAUACAUAAACCUCAACAAUAUAUUUUUUAAACUAGCCUUUAUAUUUUUGACUUGAUGUUGCAGUAGCUUUUUGUAAAUGACUGAAUCAGCUUUUAUCAGGUCUUAUUAUAUUGUAUAUCAGGUCAAGCUUGUGUAUACUUAUGUUGAACUUAUGUUGAAUUUGCUGCCACCAGAAACGUCAUUUGGCUAACCUAAACAGUUUAGGUUAAAUUAGACCAAGAAAAUGACACCCCAAAUCAUGUUUUGCUGUAGCUAAACUAUAUGGAACUGAAAAGACAUUGAAGAAUCAAAUAUGAUCUCAAUAAGCCAUUAUUUGAGACUACAUUUUUUUAAAAUAAACCCAUCCUGUACUUUGGUUAAAAAUAUUUAAAGCUACAAAGGGACGUGGGUCAGACCAGUUGCACUUCAAACGUAAUGAAUUCUGAUCCAACAGAUGACAAAAAAGUAAAAUAGUUGAAAGGUUUAUUUUGUGACUAAUUAUUUUGUCACCUCAUUUGCUAUAUAGAAAUCUUUUCUUGUUCAAUGUUUGUGUCUGCGUGAGGCUGUGGUUUAUCACUUAUUCCACAUCGACUUUCAGCUGACGACGGGCAAGUCCUCAGAGGAAGUCCGAAGCUUCUUCCUGGUGUGACUCUGCUCCUGCUCCCGAUUGUGUUUUCCAAUUAAACCAUCUGGAAAAAUGACAGCUAUGCAGUUAAACAGUGUCUCUCAAACCUUCAAACUCAAUACCCCAAACAGCUCUUGUCCUACAGUUCUCUCAUAUGUAAACAAGAGUGAAAAAUAACGGAA